GAAAAUACUGAAAAAAAGGCUGUGAAACAUUUUCAGCGUUGCCCUUUUGACGGUCACACUGUUUAGGUUUUUUUAGAGCAAGUCGUUUUGAAGUUAUUGGCGUUUAAUCGCUGAAUGUGUCACGAAUAUCGAAAACAAAACCAACUUAACCACGCUGUCAGGACAUCGAGUCCACAGAUUUCCUAACAAGAAAUAGGACGGUAUCUUCCGGGCCUCGGUGCGUUUGUGCAGCUGAAGAGACUGGACAUCACUAAUGCAUCUGCUUCAAACAACGCGUUGGUGUGUAACUUAGCGAAGAUUAUCAUCCCGGCGAUAUGAUAUAGUUCAACAUGGGAUACCGAAGCAAGAAGCGAGUGAGACGCCGAGCUGGUGCGGUUCCUUCGGGGCACACAGCAGCUUCAUCGGAUCCCGGUCCGCCUGUGUUCGGCUGCCGGUGUACCGACAAAACAUGCUACCUAUCAGAUUGUGCUACCAAUAAUAUAUUUGCAUUGUUUUAAGGGUAAGUUUGGGGUAAGGGUAGGUGUGAACGGGUAGGUUUAGGGUAUGGGUAGGUAUGGACAUUAAAAAAAGCCUCAAACCACAUGAAUAAGAUGCUGGUAGCACAAUCUGAUAGUUAGCAUUUUUCGCUAUCGAUUUGUGCUACCUAUCUAUUUAAUGGGAGGUAGCACAAUCCGAGCAGGUAGCACAAAUCGUCAGAACACCGGCGGGAGACAUGAUGCUCACGGAUCCGUCAGAGAUGCUGCUCCACGAAAAUGUCAACCGUGCACCUUAAGUCUUGUUUAAGUCAUUUGCUAACUACCAAAUCAGUGAACAUAAUUAUUUAAAUAAUGAGACACAACGAUAUGUAUAUAAGUUGUUGGAAAUCACCGCAGCUAAGCAUUAGCAAUAUCGUUAUAUUUUUAAAAACCGUGUAAAAACGUUACCAUAUGAGAAGGCAUAGCUGGUAAGUUAACCUGUUUGCUAAUAUUAUAACCAUCAAGUCUAGUGACAGCUUAGUAACAUUGUUUGCACAGCUAAUUGGUAAUUUUUUGUCAUGUGGUGUGUUUAUAAGGCUUUGGAAGAUGGGAGUGUGAAGAUCUGAAGCAGUGGAGGCCAGCUGUUAUGAACCACCUCUACUGGACUGCAGCUUCCACUCCUAAUGGAGAUGCAGAUGUGAUGGAGGCCAAGUGGAAAAGCAUGGUCUUAAUUUGACAUGUGGGACUUCCCAAGGACUCCUUCCUCAGACUGUAACGGCUCAGAGGCGAGUGAGGAGACUGAGAUUGCUGUGAAUAUCGGUGGCGUCAAGCACAUUCUCUACAGGGACGUGCUGAACCGAUAUCCCGAGACGCGUUUGGCGGAGCUGGUGAACCGAGCCACGCAUUCCACACAAGAAGAUCUCUGCGCGCUCUGUGAUGACUAUGACGACUUAAAGCGAGAGUUUUACUUCGACAGAGACCCAGAGGCCUUCAAAUGCAUCCUAGAGCUAUAUUACUACAAAGAGAUUCAUAUGAAGCGAGGAAUCUGUCCCAUGCGCUUCAUAAGAGAGAUGGACUAUUGGGGGAUCAACGCAAAGUAUCUGGACGAAUGCUGUAUAAGUAGUUUAAAUGAGGUGCAAACCGAGCUGGCAGAAAUAGCAGAGAAGGUUAAGACCAUCCUGGAUGACCUGGAGGAUGAUGCAACGGUCACAAGAGGCCAGAGGUGUCAAGCAUUCCUGCGGAAACUCAUGGAGAAACCAGAGUCAUCUUUAGCCGCGCGCGUAAUCGCAGUGGGGUCGUUUGCGUUGAUCCUGCUCUCCUCUGUGGUCAUGUGCGUGGGGACCAUCCCGGAGCUGCCAGUGGAAGAUACCCAGGGUAACCUCGUGGAACACCCGACCCUUGAGUCCAUCGAGAUGGCUUGCAUUAUCUGGUUCACAGUGGAAUACAUUUUGCGUUUCCUGUCCUCUUCGAACCAGUUGCGCUUUGUGUUUUCCUUCAUGAAUAUAGUAGACUUUCUAGCCAUCAUGCCGUUCUACGUGGUGUUGAUUCUGGGUGCUGCUCAGACGGAGCUGGCCGAUGUGCAACAGGCAGUGCAGGCAUUGCGCAUUUUGCGCAUUGUGCGCAUUUUCAAAUUCGCGCGCCACUCAGCAGGUCUGCAAGCUCUCGCCGUGGCACUCAAAAGCAGCUUGAAAGAACUAGGUGUGAUGCUCAUGUAUAUGACCGUGGGAAUUUUCUUGUUCUCUGCACUGGGGUACACUUUGGAGCACAGCCACCCGGAGACCAUGUUCACCAGCAUCCCACAGUCCCUUUGGUGGGGUAUCAUUGCCAUGACCACUGUGGGUUAUGGAGACAUCUAUCCUAAAACAACGCUGGGCAGGUGUAAUGCCGCUGCAAGUUUCCUGUGUGGAAUCAUAGCUAUCGCCUUACCAAUACACGUGAUCAUUCACAACUUCAUCAUUGUUUACAAUAAGCAGCGUGUGCUAGAAACCACUGCAAAGCAUGAGAUUGAACUCAUGGCGUUACACAUGAAGGAUGAAGCGCAGGAGUGUCCGGAAUCUACAAAAAUGCCAUCACAGGCUUCGGUUGGCAACAGCUCGGUGUGGGAUAGUGCUGGUGUGUCCGUCUAACGAAGUGACCUGUAUAUCCCAUUACUGAUACAGCAAAUGCGUCCAAAGACCAACUGUCUACAAAUGCAAGACCACCCAGAGAGUGAUUCAUCAACUUCAAAAUAAUAAAAUACUUAGGAAAUAAAAACCAAUCAAUAACAUCUAUCGCUCGUACGUUCGUUUGUACUCUAUCUAUCUAUCUAUCUAUCUAUCUAUCUAUCUAUCUAUCUAUCCAUCUAUCCAGUGGCUAAUGUGAUCCAUCUCUUUCAGAGAAUAACGGUGCUGGCUCAGAGCAUUAAAAA